CCGGGUCGCUGCCGCCGCCACCUCCGCCUCCUCAGCCUCCUGAUUUCCGUCGCCGCCGCCGCCGCCCCCUCCGUCGCUUCUCGGGGAAGGGGAAGACGCAAGGGGCAUCGCAGGGCCCCGGCGGAGGCGCCCCCCACCGCCUCUCGGGCUGCGCCGCCUCGCGGGGAUGAAGCACGGGCCGUGAAGAUGGAGGUGACCUGCCUUCUACUUCUGGCGCUGAUCCCCUUCCACUGCCAGGGACAAGGAGUCUACGCUCCAGCCCAGGCUCAGAUCGUGCACGCGGGCCAGGCGUGUGUGGUGAAAGAGGACAACAUCAGUGAGCGCGUCUACACCAUCCGGGAGGGGGACACCUUGGUGCUGCAGUGCCUUGUCACCGGGCACCCUCGGCCCCAGGUGCGUUGGACCAAGACCGCGGGCAGCGCGUCGGACAAGUUCCAGGAGACGUCGGUGUUCAAUGAGACACUGCGCAUCGAGCGCAUCGCGCGCACGCAGGGCGGCCGCUACUACUGCAAGGCUGAGAACGGCGUGGGCGUGCCUGCCAUCAAGUCCAUCCGGGUGGACGUGCAGUACCUGGACGAGCCAGUGCUGACAGUACACCAGACAGUGAGCGAUGUUCGAGGCAACUUCUACCAGGAGAAGACGGUGUUCCUGCGCUGUACAGUCAACUCCAACCCACCUGCCCGCUUCAUCUGGAAGCGGGGCUUGGACACCUUGUCUCACAGCCAGGACAAUGGGGUCGACAUCUAUGAGCCCCUCUACACCCAGGGGGAGACCAAGGUCCUGAAGCUGAAGAACCUGCGGCCCCAGGACUAUGCCAGCUACACCUGCCAGGUGUCUGUACGCAACGUGUGUGGCAUCCCGGACAAGGCCGUCACCUUCCGGCUCACCAACACCACGGCACCACCAGCCCUGAAGCUGUCUGUGAACGAAACUCUGGUGGUGAACCCUGGGGAGAAUGUGACGGUACAGUGUGUGCUGACAGGCGGUGAUCCCCUGCCCCAGCUGCAGUGGUCUCAUGGACCAGGCCCGCUGCCCCUGGGUGCCCUGGCCCAGGGUGGCACCCUCAGCAUCCCUUCAGUGCAGGCCCGAGACUCUGGCUACUACAACUGCACAGCCACCAACAAUGUGGGCAACCCUGCCAAGAAGACUGUCAACCUCCUGGUGCGAUCCAUGAAGAAUGCCACAUUCCAGAUCACCCCAGAUGUGAUCAAAGAGAGCGAGAACAUACAGCUGGGCCAGGACCUGAAGCUGUCAUGCCAUGUGGAUGCAGUGCCCCAGGAGAAGGUGACCUACCAGUGGUUCAAGAAUGGCAAGCCAGCGCGCAUGUCCAAGAGGCUGCUGGUGACUCGCAAUGACCCUGAGUUGCCCGCUGUCACCAGCAGCCUAGAGCUCAUUGACCUACACUUCAGCGACUACGGCACCUAUCUGUGUGUGGCUUCCUUCCCAGGAGCACCUGUGCCCGACCUGAGCGUCGAGGUCAACAUCUCCUCUGAGACAGUGCCUCCCACCAUCAGCGUGCCCAAGGGCAGGGCCGUGGUGACUGUGCGUGAGGGCUCGCCCACCGAGCUGCAGUGCGAGGUGCGGGGCAAGCCGCGGCCGCCUGUGCUUUGGUCCCGUGUGGACAAGGAUGCUGCGUUGCUGCCCUCGGGGCUGCCCCUCGAGGAGACCUCGGACGGGAAGCUGCGGCUGGAGCGCGUGAGCCGCGACAUGAGUGGAACCUACCGCUGCCAGACGGCUCGCUAUAAUGGCUUCAACGUGCGCCCCCGCGAGGCCCAAGUGCAGCUGAACGUGCAGUUCCCGCCGGAGGUGGAGCCCAGCUCCCAGGACGUGCGCCAGGCACUGGGUCGGCCAGUGCUUCUGCGCUGCUCGCUGCUUCGAGGCAGCCCCCAGCGCAUCUCCUCGGCUGUGUGGCGCUUCAAAGGGCAACUGCUGCCUCCGCCGCCUGCCGUCCCCGUCGCCGCCGAGGCCCCCGACCACUCUGAGCUGCGCCUUGACGCCGUCACCCGCGACAGCAGCGGCAGCUACGAGUGCAGCAUCUCCAACGACGUGGGCUCGGCUGCCUGCCUCUUCCAGGUCUCGGCCAAAGCCUACAGCCCGGAGUUUUACUUCGACACCCCCAACCCCACCCGCAGCCACAAGCUGUCCAAGAAUUACUCCUACGUGCUGCAGUGGACCCAGAGGGAGCCUGACGCUGUCGACCCUUUGCUCAACUACAGACUCAGUGUCCGCCAGUUGAAUCAGCAAAAUGCCAUGGUGAAGGCCAUCCCGGUGCGACGUGUGGAGAAGGGGCAGCUGCUGGAGUACAUCCUGACCGAGCUCCGAGUGCCCCACAGCUACGAGGUCCGCCUCACGCCCUACACCACUUUUGGGGCUGGAGAUACGGCCUCCCGCAUCAUCUACUACACAGAGCCCAUCAACUCUCCCAAUCUGUCAGACAACACCUGCCACUUUGAGGAUGAGAAGAUCUGCGGCUACACCCAGGACCUGACAGACAACUUUGACUGGACCCGGCAGAAUGCCCUCACCCAGAACCCCAAGCGCUCCCCCAACACUGGUCCCCCCAUGGACAUAAGUGGCACCCCUGAGGGCUACUACAUGUUCAUUGAGGCAUCAAGGCCCCGGGAGUUGGGGGACCGUGCAAGGUUGGUGAGUCCCCUGUACAAUGCCAGCGCCAAGUUCUACUGCGUCUCCUUCUUCUACCACAUGUACGGGAAGCAUAUCGGCUCCCUCAAUCUCCUGGUGCGGUCCCGGAACAAAGGGGCACUGGAUAUGCACGCCUGGUCCCUCAGUGGCAAUAAGGGCAACGUGUGGCAGCAGGCACAUGUGCCCAUCAACCCCAGCGGGCCCUUCCAGAUUAUUUUUGAGGGGGUUCGAGGCUCGGGCUACCUGGGGGAUAUCGCCAUAGAUGACGUCACACUGAAGAAGGGAGAGUGUCCCAGGAAGCAGAUGGAUCCCAAUAAAGUGGUGGUGAUGCCGGGCAGUGGAGCCCCCUGGCAGUCCCGCCCACAGCUCUGGGGGCCCGUGGCCAUCUUCCUCUUGGCGUUGCAGAGAUGAUGAGCGCUUCGUGGCCCCCCACCCCGCCCCCGGCACACCAAAGUGUCCGCAUCGUACCAAAGACUGACCCCAUGCCAGCCGGGGUGCCCAGGGGCAGAGCCGCCCGCCAGUGAGGGGGCCUGCACUGGCUGUGAGGAUGAGCAGAGAACAAGGACAGCGGCCCAGCACUGAGGCCCUGGAGACGUUCGUUUGUUCGACACACGCACACACCCACACCCACACUCACACACACAAAGAUAUAUUAAAGCACAAGUUUCUAUCUGACCUGCCAGCACCUUCUUUGCUGCAGAGACAGGAGACUCGCCUGAAUGGCAUCCACCACCCCAGGGACCUCGGCGCCACCUAGGCCUUGUCCUGGCUGCACCUGUGGUGUGUUUCUGACCUUCCGCUGUCCCUGACUCAAGGCUGAGCUCAGCCCCAUGGCUUUACCAGAAGGAGCCAGAAGGGGAGCAGACACAGGAGCCCUGCCCUUGGCUGGACUCUGGGGCCCCCUGGGAUGGCGGAGGCCGGGGUCAGAGGGGGCCAAGCGGGACUGACUCUGCGAACGACAAAGGACAUGAGGCACCAGCUGCACACAACUCUGUUCCCAGAGUGAAGGCCAGAAGCCGGAGAGCCCAGGCCACCCAUAUCCCCUGACCCAUUCAUUCCUGGGAUGUCAUAUCCCGCCCCCCUCACUGUGCCCCCUUCGAAGGGACCUAGCGCAGGGUCUUUGGCCCGGACAGUCUGGAGACUGACCCCUUCCCCACCCUCCCCAUCCCACUGCACCCCACCCCACAAGCAGCUGUAUUCCUGAGAGCACAGUCCCUGCCCUGCUUGGCUGGCCUAACCUCAGUCCCCAGCUGAGCCAGGGGGGGAGGCAUGGUGGCCAAGCCAUUUUCUGGGGUGAGGCUUGGCUCUGAGAGGGGCAGAGGAGAAGUCCUGCUUUUAUGAUUUCACGCCCCUAUAUUGGACAUUGAUUUUAGGAGUAGAGUGGAACCUCCAUUUCUUAUAUACUUGCCACAAAGGGGUGCUCUGGAUGGGGUGUGUGUAGGGAGCUGCCCUGUCCUCCUCCACCGCAAAGCACUGUCUAAUGGGCUGUUCCCUUCCCCGCCCAGGGUCAGUGAAGGAGGAGGGAUUUGUAGAGCUGGGGGUGGUGUGGGGGGCAGUUGCUGGUCACCAUGUUCCCUGGGAGCUGAGCCUUGUGCCCUAAAACUGGGAAAAGGCUCCGUGCCCUUGGUCCUGGGUUGGGAGACUGAGACUGACAUGAUGGGACCUAGACCUCCUCCUCACCGUCAUCCCUGAGCCCCCCUCCUAGCGGUCCAUGGGAGAGAGGAGGCCCAACCCAUUCCAGGGUGAGUCAUCACGCGUGUGUGCAUGUGGCUGUGUGGGUGUGCACGUGUGAGCAUGUGUGGGCCCAUCUGUUGUCUGUGUACCACUGUGGGUAUAUCUCUGGCAUGAGUGUGUGCAAAUAUGCAUCUGCCUGUGCAGUUAUCCAUAUGUGAGGCUGGGUCUAACCCCCGUCUCUUGUGAGUGCCUGCGUACGUCAGUAUGUCCAUCUUCAUGAGUGACAUGAAUGUUUGUGGAGUGCUGGCCAACUAUGCCGCUUCAUCCCUAUUCUGUAGUCUCAAGCUGCCUGCCACCACCUGAAUUUCUACCUUUUAUCCCCUAUGGGUGACAAAGAGCUUACAGAUGACCCUAUGGAAAUGAAGGCACCUUUGGUGGAGGUGUCACAGGGCUCCUCCUGGAGCAUUUGGUGGGGACAGCUGCAGAGAAGAGGCAGAGCUGCAAUGCCAGGAGGCAGGCAGGAAACCAAAGUAAACGCUGCCCAUCUCAGCUCUGCCAGGCUGGUGUUAACAUCAUCACCAACAGCUGGUGGGUGGCCAGGCCAGGGCUGGAGUGGGGACUCCUGAUACCCGACCAGCGUGGCUGCCUUCCUGGCCCAGCCAAGGCCUCUGUCCGAAAUGAGUGGCUCCAGGUUCCCAGAACGUGCUGCCAUUUUUCUGCAGGUAUUGUUCCUUAAUUGUCCCAUCUGUGCAGGGUCUGUUGUCCCAACUAGACUGUGAGCUCCUCCUCUGAGCCUUCCAACCCUCCCCUGACCCCAUCCUACCCUCAUGCCCAGCACAAGUGGGUCUGUUAUGGAAAUCUCUCAACGGACUUUGCCUAGCGGAAUGGAUUAUAGAAAUCAGUGGUUCCCAGCCUGGCAGCAGAAUAGAACCACCAGAGAUUCUUUUAGAAAGCACCAGUGCUUGGGGCCCUCUCCAGAGAUUCCAGUUUAAUUGGACUGGAGUGCAACCUGGCAUCGGAGAUGUUUAAAAGCUCCUCAGGAGAAUCCUAGAGUAGGAACCACUGGCUUAUCACCUGCCAGGUGCUUCCCCCGUGCCCUGGCUGGCGUGGGUGCUGGAGAUCCAAAGCGCUUGUCCUUGGGGCUCCAUGGUGCCCCAUGCCUACUGCCCUCAGAUGACCUUUGAAUAUAUCUGUCCCCUGCUCUGGCUGCUCCAUGAUGGAGACCCUCUCUCCCUUGUUCACCUCCACAUCUGUAGAGCUGGAUACAGAAAAG